CAACUACCCUCAUCAUCAUCAUCAUCAUCAUCAUCAUCAGCAGCAGCCUCACCAUUAUAGUCAUCAUCAUUAUCAUUAGGCACGGCAAUCAUCCACGAGGGGUUUCCAUGGGGCAGGAUAAAAGGGCAGCCCAGACUCUCUCCUUCCUCACAUCCUGCCUCUGCUUCUGAGAGAGAAGGUGCUGGUUUUUCCGUCUGGCUUGUUCGCCCUCAGACGCCGGGACGCACUGAAGCUGGAGAGCGUCCGCUGUCUUUUGAACCCUGUGCAGCUUUUCUUUCCACCGGCGUGGAAAAAGUGUAUUUUUCUUUUCUUUAUUCUGAAAACCCCUCCAAAGAGCUGUGAGUAUCUAAUGUUACCUUCUCUCUGGAAAUUCACUUUUCCCCUGAAGAGAUUCUCUGUCCUGAAGUCAGGGCUCAGGAGGAUGUGUGUUAUAGUAGUUGAAUGGGAUCUUUUGCAAAGGUUUGAACUGGACGGGGCCUUGAGGGGUUUUACUUGCGUGAUAAAACAGUCUAACCUGCAUUUGUUUGAUUGGGAGUCCAGAAUGUUUCAGUAUCAAAUUCUUAGAAACAUGGUAAAUCAUUUCUUCAUUUGUUUGUUAUGUCAGGGUAACUACUAUGAUUUUACCAUGGCCUUUGUUAAACUCUUGACUGGAUUUCUUUUUUUUUUUAAUAGUUUAUUUUCAAAUGUAAAUUUAUUUAAUCAUGUCACCACUUCCCCACCCUCUCAUUCAUUCAAUACUGCUAAUUGAGGAUUUCCAUUGAUUUGUGCUGAACAUCUGCUUCUUGUGUUUGAACCAGUGUGACCGAUUCAUCUGUAAAUGUCUCUGGUGCUUGUUGAGCGUCUUCUCCCUGUACCGUGCUUAUUUCUACUAUUAUGCUUCUCAUAAGAGAAUCUGAAAGUAUCUGUUUGAUCGAGGUCACACUGUAUAAUGCACAGAGACAGGAGGGUUGCAAAUAUAAACCUCUGGAGAGCAGUAGCACACGACUUGUUUCAUUCUCAGUUGUGCAGCACUGGGAUCAGAUUGAGUGUCUCGCCUCAAGACGUGUGCCGUGUCUGGAAUCAUUCUCCCCCCUGUUUGUCUCCCCCUGCACAGAGGUAGCUGCUGAGAUCGGUUUCUCUGUGUACCCUCUGGGUGAUGAGGAGAGCCCUGCCUACAGCCAGCUCAGCAUGGAAAGUGAAACGGACAAUUCGCGCAGCACCACGGACAACGGGCGGGAGGACGAGGGCAGGGGGGCCCAGUCGGAGCCCAGCUUCCCCCCCUACUUGUCCUGCAGGGGCUGCGGUCAGCUCCGCGACGAACCCCUGGGCCCGGGCAUAGACCUCGUCGGCCCGUAUUGCCUCAGGUGCUGCAAAGCCUCCCGGGAAGCCAAAGCCACAGACUUCUGCUCCCCCUUCGGAGGCAUGAGCGGGAUGCGCCCGGGCUCCCACUCGCAGCUCGACGACGACGAGGAGGACAUGGACGACAAGGGACUGUCAGCCGAGGACAAACUGGCCAAGCUGCACUCGUGUCACCUCUGCGGCUUCUCCUCGCGCUACGCCAAUCACGUGAAGCGUCACAUGAAGACCCACAACGGGGAGAAGCCCUACAACUGCCCCCUGUGCACCUACGCCUCGGCGCAGCUGGUGAACCUGCAGCGUCACCUGCGCAUCCACACCGGGGAGAAACCGUACAAAUGUGACAGCUGCACUUUUGCGUGCAGCUCCCUCGGCAACCUGAAGAGGCACCAGCGCAUGCACGUGCCCUCCGCUGGGAUGGGACACGAUGCUCUGCCGAGACCCCCCCCUGGCCCCACUAUUCUGAAGAGGCAUGUGACCGGGCAGAGACCCAAUGAAGAAGAGCCUGGUGCUUCAGCAAAGGUUUCAGAGGUGGAAAGGCCGACGUCGAACCUGAAUUUAGGAGCCCCGAACAAUGACUUCCUGUCAGCCUUCGAUGGCUUAAAGGGGGCGUCGCCUCCCCCCAUCCCGCCCUCUAACCCUGCUCCGAGCCACCAGCCUCCGCCUGUGCUGCCGACCACAGGCACCGAGGGCAACAGGACAAAUAGGGGAGACGUUUCAGACGGGGCCAGCCUCCCCCCGUCCCUUUUUCCCUUUACUUGCCGUUUGUGUGGCAUUGUCCUGGAGGACGAGGACGGCUCCUCGGCCCAGAUCUGUGCCAAGUGUACCCUUGACAUGCUGACUAAAGACAGCUCUUCGUCUCCCAACAGCCCCGGCGAGCGCAGCGACAAGGUGUACACCUGCGCCGCCUGCCCCUUCCUCACGCACUACCCCAACCACUUGGCACGCCACAUGAAAACUCACAGCGGCGAGAAACCGUACAAGUGCCCACAGUGCGACUACGCCUCAGCGCACUUCGACAACCUCAAGCGUCACCACCGGGUGCACACGGGCGAGAAACCUUACAAGUGCCAUUUGUGCGACUACGCCUGCGGGAACCUGGCCAACCUGAAGCGCCACCAGCGGGUGCACUCGGGCGCCAAACCAUUCCAGUGUGCCGUGUGCAGCUACAGCUGCAACCAGAGCAUGAACCUGAAGCGGCACAUGCUGCGGCACACGGGAGAAAAGCCGUACAAGUGUCAGGAGUGCGGCUACACAACCGGCCACUGGGACAAUUACAAGCGGCACCAGAAGAAACACGGCCUGGCCACGGACGGCUGGGUCAAGGUUCCGAUGACUGGCCACGACGAAGACGACGCGGCCGGGAAGGGGAUGGGAGGCGGAGGCGGAGGCCAGACUCACAGAAAGGAAGCAGGAGUUGAUAUGCAGUAUAUGUCUCGGGAGGGGGGGCAGACUAUACACUCGUGCUACAAACUUGAGAUUGUAUAAACAUAACACAGCAGAACUAAGCUACCAGCAAUUGUUUUCUUUGUCAAUUCUCACAGAGCCUUUAUAUUGUUUUAGUGUGUCGGUCGUGCAGUGUUUGCGUCAGACGUCUUCAGAGGCUGCUAAUUGUUAAUUUGCAGAAUCUCGCACAAUUCCGAAAAAUAAAUUGUCUGAUGCCUUGUGGACUAAGUGGAUUAAGGUGGACGAGUCUGUUUAUAGUUUGUCUUCUCCUCUGUCGCUGUGUUUGUGUCUGAUGUUCUUUACUGUCGAAGUCUUUUCACUGUGUCUGGUUAUGUCUUUUACUGCGCGCUUAUUUUAACAGGUCCCUCUAACAGAAUACACAUAUCCUGUUCUACCAAAUAUCCCUGGAUACAUGUACAUGGAGCUCAUGCACAAUUCCCCCCCCCCUGAACUGUUAAGUUGAACCAUGUAGUUUCUUCUAUUUGUUUAAUAAAAGAUCAUUGCUGUUUUUAUCGAAGUCGACGGUGCCACAAGCUUAAGUCAAACGAUUUGUUUUGUAUCCAAACCCAAAUUUAAUGACUUGAAUGUAACUGAUUUGCAGAAUUCUGAUAACACUCGUAUCACGUGACAGAGAUGGUUUGACUGUUGAGCUCAUUUUAUCUUCAAACUCAACUUUAAAAUCUGUGCUGAGGAGAAGGCACAGUGCAGCUUUCAUUAAGAGAUGGGUCCUCGUAAAGAGCCAGUACUGUGCUUCUCUUUGCUUUGGGGCACAGCUCUGGUAACGGCAUGUCAUCAGAUGCAUUAGCUAAUGUGUGUACUAAGAGCAAUGUGCUGUGUAUUAGUACUUGAAUUGUUUUACUCCCGUUAAAACUAUAUUGAAUAAUGAGGUUGUGAUGCUAAAUAAUCUCCUGCAACUUUAACUGUAUUGUCUCUUUUUUUUUUUUUUUUUUUUCUUUUUCGGGCCAAAACCCCCCUCAGGAUAAAAAGUGAAGAGAACAAGAAUGUUGUCAAAAAAACAUUUUAACACUAAAACUGCAUGCACAAGCAUUUUAGUUGGUUGUAUGGUUAAAGGGAAAAGCACAAUCAUACACACACAGCGACAUGUUGGCACGUUUAGGAUUCAGUUCGAGGGAUGGAAAGAGCAUCACUGACUUCUUUGUGAUUCAGGAGGGACAGACGUCGUAUACAUGGGCAUCUGCUACAUAUCAGAAAUAUAACUUUAAUUGGGGAAGUGUUUUUUUUCGAGAGACUGUAGAAUACAUUUUCUCCUGCUAUUUACUAUUGACUGUGAAAUAAGCCCAUUCAUUUUUUGGUUUGUUUUUUACUUGAAAAAAUAUAUAACACUAUUAGCAAGCAUGUGAGUGUGAAAUAGUUGUUUUUAUUUUUCUAAUGUGGCUGUAAUACGAGGCUAGAAUUGCAAACGUUAAUAUAUAGAAGUAGACUUUCUUUUUUUUGGCCAUUUUCAAUGUGUGGUGUGUCAUUUAGUUUCCAUUGGAAGAACAAUAGGGAAGAACAAUAAUUUAAAUUUGACUAUUUGUGAAUGACUAUUAUAUGCAAGUGAGAUAUUUUUCAGGUUGCCGUUUUGCCAUGACACCAUCAUCGAACCCAUCAAUUAGAACCUACAUCCCCCAAGUGUCCAUUCUUGUCCUUAUGCAGUGUCUCAUAAAUGCCUUAAGUGAGGAAUUUCAAAUAAACACAAAUGGGAUUCAUUUCAUUGAAUGUCCGACA